AGCCCCGCCUCUAGCUUUGCGCAUGCGUAGUUUCUCGGGGGACCAGACGCGGAGAACGCGGAGAGGGUUCCGCUGUAAGUUUCUCCUUUGCAGUGUAAAGGAAGAGUUGACCUUGGAGGACAUGGCCAUCGAGUUCUCUCCGGAGGAGUGGGCCUGCCUGGACCCUGCGCAGAGGGCCUUGUACAGGGACGUGAUGCUGGAGACCUGCAGGAACCUGCUCUCCCUGGAGGUGUCCGAGGAGCGGGUGAUCACCCCUGCAUGUCCCUUCCACCAAUGGAGAGAGGAAAAAGCAAAAGCAUCCCCCCCAUCCCAGCAGCACAGAUUUCGAGACGUCCCAGCCAAUGACCGUGUCAUACAGGAAAGGGGUUAUGUCGCUUGACGGGUGACUGUCCUGGGAGUCCCAGCCGACAACCGAGUCCUGUUCUGCUCGUGCAACGUCUGCACAGAAACCAGGCGAUGCUGUCGAUCUGAGCAAACGGUACUGUGUGUGAGCAGAGGGCCUUUCCUUACGUGCUGUGUGCCGGGGAGGGGGGUCAGGAGGAGGGGGUCCUUCGGAAACAGGGGAGCCUGGCUGCUAAAAGUGAACCUACCCCUAGGGGGUCCCAAGAGCGGUCACUCAGAUCCAUAAGAACCGGAGGCGAGGCCAGGACUGGGAUUUGGUAAAGCGAGAGUGGAAGUCGUGGGCAGUGUGGGAGCAGUGCCUGUGCCUGCACAUCUGCGGGGCUGGACGGGGCUGAGCAGCUGAGAGCCUGACCUUGGAAAAGACCUGCCACCGCAAGAGUCGUAACCGUGACUCACGCUCCAGGCACUCGUGAUGGAGCACGACGGCGCAUACUGUGAGAAAAAGCACGUAUGUGUGCACGUGUGCCUGGGUCACUUUGCUGUACAGUAGAAACUGACAGAUACGGUAAACCAACUGUAAUGGAAAAAUAAAAAUCAUUUAAAAGCAAAAUUAAAUAAAAUGGGGAUAACAAAGCCUAAAAAAAAAAGUAACUUAUUCCUAUGGAAACUAGAUGGUGGGUUUGGAGGCCAUGGGGAAGGUACUAGAAAGGGAGUUAGUGUGCUGUUAGGGGAAGGCCGGAGGGGUCCAUCUAGUCCAGUAUUUGCUCUAAAAAUGAUCGAACUGAAUAAUACCUCAUAAAUUCCAUUUCUAGGCACACACUGAAGAGUCAUAAACAUGUUCCAGAAGGUAUGGUCAAGUUUACUCUUAGCAGAACCCGAAAGGAAAGACCUGGAAAUGGCUACGAAGAGGAGAAUGAAUGAAUGCACUCUUAUAAACACGUGUGGAGGCGGUAAAACCCUCCCAAGGGUCCGGCAGUAGAAGAUGACCCUGGGUGCUGGACGAUGACCUCCUGGCGGGA